UUCAUGAAGUCAUUACAGUUUAGCAGACGUCUAAAACCUUUCGUUUAAAGCUGGUGGAAAACAUCUGAGAAGACAAGUAGAAAAGGAAACAAAAUUUGCUAACUUUGAACAAAAUCUCAUCAUGCCUUUUGCGUUGAAGACCAGCCCUUUGCUUUGGACACGGUUGGCUGCCCUGGCCUUCACCUGCAUAGCUUUCUCUAUGGCUGCUCUUGGAGGCAGAUUCAUUGACCACACCGGAGCCUUUUGUAUCUUCUGCUGGGCUUUUAGCUUUGGCGGGACUCUCCUAGUCAUUCUAGUUGAGCUUUUCAACCCACUGACCAGAGCUCCUCUCUCCUGGAAGAACUUCCACAUCACCUUUGCAUGCUACUCUUUCCUCCUCUGCAUGUCGGCCUCCUUCAUCUUUCCUAUUUACUUCCUUAAGGACUCCAUUGUUGUUUUUGCUCCGAGCCAGCUCCGUGACCUUCGCAUCGUGUCCAGCGUUUCCUCCUGUGUUGCCACUUUGGCCUACAUGAAUGAGGUCAGACUCACCAAGGCUUACCGAGGUGAGGUUUCUGGCUACAUGACUACCUGUCCAGGCCUGCUGAAAGUCUUGGAGACCUUUGUGGCCUGCAUCCUCUUUGUCUUCAUCAAUGACCCGGUCUCAUAUGACCAGCAUCAUUCAGUCAAGUACUGUAUGUCUGUUUAUUGCAUCUGCUUCAUCCUGUCUGCCUUCAUCAUUCUGCUCUGCAUUGGCGAGUGCACUUACCUCCUCCCCUUCCCAUUCCCUCGUUUCCUGUUCACCCAUGCUUUGUUGGCUGUCUUCCUCUAUCUGUCAGCGGCGAUGAUCUGGGUGAUCUUCAACUUUGUCCCCAGGUACGGCGGUCACAAUGAGCGGCCGCACAACUGCUGGUCCUCUGAGGGCUUGUGCAGUUGGGAUAAAGACAUGUUGAUAGCCGUGCUGACCGGCAUUAACUUUAUCCUCUACCUGAUUGAUCUCAUCUACUCCAUCCCUCUGGUCCUUGUCAGCACAUGACUUUGGGAAAAGGAAGUUAGGCUGACAGUGUGUUUAAAGGGAAAUUUAAGUUGUGAAAUUUAAGAAGAAGUGACGUAAAAUCACUUUUUAGUCAAUAAACAGAAAUCUAAUGCUUAAAAAGUUUUUUAAAGCUUUUUAUUCAGGUUUACAUUUUGUUCUCCUGUUACAUUUCUAUAGUGACAAGCAAUACUAUCUUAAUAAAAACAGAAUAGAAAUAGUUACUUGUCAAGGAGAAUUCUGGCAGCUUCAGGAUCCCUUUUAAAAUCUUACCUGAUGUUUGUCCUAUUUUUUCAUGUCUCCGGUUUCUUAUCUUUAAUUUUUUAUUUUGUAUUUCUUGAGGACGCUAAACCCAAUUAUUGAGCUGCUGUUGCAUAUUCAUCAAUUUCAGGCAAUAAAAAGAGAAAUUGUUACGCAAUAUCCGUUUAAAAAAGGCCUGGUGUUUAUUGUUCGCUUCCUUCAACUUUUUCGAGACAUUUUUUCUCAGUUUUAAGAAAACACAUGUAAGAAUGUUUUAACGACAUGUUGUGAUUGAAAGAAAAGUAGGUUGUUUAAUUUAAAACGUUUUUUUCUGUGUCAGAAGGUUAAUGUUACAAAAACCUAUUAAGUGAUAGAAUUAAAUAUUUUUCAUUAAUGCUAUCUAUUAAUGCUAUCAAUUAAUAAUUAUUUAUUAAUUAAUAGAUAGCAUUAAAUAACUUUUUUUUAACUAUAUAACCUUAUUUAGCAAAAAGCUUGUGUAUAAAUGUAUCAGAAAAAGCAAAAACAAUAGUGGUUUUCUGUAAUUUCUUUAAUCUGUACAACUUAAAACACGAUGCAGUGCUUAAUACAAUUAGUCUUUUUUUAUCAGUUGUUUUAUUAUCUUGUUUAAUUUGUCAUUGCUUGUCUAAUGUGAUUAUUAUUUUCAUUAUAGU